AUGGGCGUGAGGGCCGAGGGGGACACCAUCAAGGCCAGCGGGGUGGUGGGCGCCUGGAGCGUCAGGCCACCUGUGCAGACCCUUGGGGGCGUGGGCUUCUGGGCGCUGGGACUGCGCAACAUGUUGGGCAGGCUUGUCAUGUCCCUUCUAUUCUUGGCCUGUGUCGUCCUGCCUUCGUACCAGGCACUGGUUCGCCUGCACUGCCCAGAAGGACAGGGCUGCCAUCCAUCCCCCCUGACGCUCGUCGUCACGCCACCUCUGAUGGGAGCCACCAUCCUCGCCGGCUUCGUGGGAACGCUCAUAUUCCUGAGCAGGCUGUUCCGAGCGGCGCUCAAGCUGAGCGCGGCCGAGGUCCGCCUCCCGCUCUCCAGCCUGUGCUUCCUGAUGUACUCCGAGCUGCUGGUCUUCAGCGUCCUCGGCAGAGACUACUUCUUGAACCCCUUCCUGAGCGGGACGUGCUUCAUGAGGUGGCUGUACCGUGCCCUGGGCGCCCGCCUGGGCCGCCGUGUCCACCUGUCCGACCCCCCCCUCAUGGACUGCCACAUGCUGACGAUCGGCGACGACGCCAUUUUGGACAACACGGAGUGCCAGGGGCACGUGCUGGUUGGCGGGGUGCUCUCCACGUCGCCCACAAGCGUGGGGAGGGGCUGCGUGCUGCAGCCGGGCUCGGCGGUGUUUGGGGGCGACAGGGUCGAGGACGGGGCGUGGGUGGGGCCCAGGACCAAGGCCAUGCCUGGGCAGGUUUUCAGCUCCGGAGAGCAUUGGCAUGGGGUGCCGGCAUGCGCGGUCAGGGUGCGAACCGCGCCGGUACAGUAG